CAGAUAUCUGGUUGACGACCGAGCCAUCACUUGCCGCCCAGCAGCCCGCGGAGCAACUUUGCUGAUUCGAGAUGAAGAAGUCCAAAGCCUACAACCUGGAGGCCCCCGAUGGCGGCUGGGGAAUCCUCGUUUGCAUCGGCAUGGCCCUGCCCUUCACAAGUGCUCUGGCCGCCUUGCCAUCGUUUGGCCUCGUUUUCGGGGACUUCCUCAAGAGCAUCGGGGCGGAGACGAGUGCCAUGGCCAUCAUCACCAGCGCCUUUUUCUCGUCGAUGAGCUUCGCCGGCCUGUUCUCCGGAUCGCUGUUCCAGCGCUUCGGUAUGCGACAGGUGGGCGUUACGGGGGGCAUACUGUACUUCCUGGGCACCGGCAUGCAACUGUUCGCCACAUCCACGCUGCACCUGCUGCUGGCCUUCAGCCUAAUCCAGGGAUUGGCCUUCGGGCUGAUUGUGCCCACCUGCUACACGACCUUCAAUCAUUACUUCGUGAAGAACCGGGUGAUGUGGAUGAGCUUUGCCCAAACCCUGAUCGGUCUGGGUGCGAUGCUCUAUCCGAUUGUCAUGCAGAAACUGAUGCAGUGGUAUGGCUUCCGGGGCUGCCUGCUCAUCCUCACGGGUCUGAAUGCCCAUGCGAUACUGGGCAUGCUGGUGAUGCAUCCCGUCGAGUGGCACAUGCGUCGCGUGCCCAUCACUCCGGAUGAGGAGGCGCUCAAGCUACUGGAGCUGCCGAAGCAGCCGGAGAAGUCGGAGCAGCCGGAGAAGCCGGAGAAGCCGGAGCAGCCAGUGAAACCAUCAGUGGUGGUGGUAAGGGUGCAGCCCGAAACCCCUGUGAAGGCCGUCAAGGAUGCGCCAAGUUUCGAUGCAGAUCCCGUUGCGCGGCGCCUCUCCCACGCCGAGGAGCACCUGCUGCACGUGCACUCCAGCCGUGCCUCGAGCAUCACCAGCCUGGGCAACUGGUCCGGACAUGUGGUGGUCAGCGAUGCCUCUCCCCAGAUGAUGCACAGCCUCCAGGCUUCCCGUCGACAGAGCAUGGUCGUUGGUGGUGGUGGUGGUGGUGCCGCUGGCGAAGGAUCCGUAGCCCAGGAUGGGGAUCCAAUCAAGAAGGGCUGGGUGCGCACUGUCGUCGAUUUCCUCGAUCUCACGCUGCUCAAGAAGCCCAUCUACGUGAACAUCGUGCUGGGCAUCACCUUCGCCCUCUACUCGGACAUAACGUUCUUCACCAUGCAGCCGGUUUACCUCUUCGAACUGGGCUACAGCAAGCCGGAUACGGCCACUAUUAUAGCAAUUGGAGCAGCCGCCGACUUGACUUCCCGAAUUUUCCUGGCCAUCACCGCCGUGUGCAUCCAAGUUCCCUCGCGAUACAUUUAUUUGGCAGGAGCAGUGCUCACAGUUUUUGCAAGAUUUGUUUUUAAUGGGAUCACAGAGUUUAUGGGAAUGGCCUGCAUUACGGCUGUGAUUGGAUUCCUUCGCACCUGGCUCCAUGUCCCACUGCCUCUGGUCUUUGCCGACUACUUGCCCAAGGAGAGGUUCGCUACAGGCUAUGGCCUAUUCAUGUUCACCCAAGGCAAUGCCAUGUUUCUAAUUGGCCCCAUUGUCGGAAUAAUCCGUGACAAGACCAAGGACUAUAUUCUGGUCUUCCAUAUCCUCAACGGCUUCAUGAUCCUGUGCGCCGUUCCCUGGGUCAUCGAAGUGCUCAUCGUAAAGUUCCGGAGGCGCAACAAGAUCGAACGCAACAACGUUGAUCACGACGAGCUGAAGAACCAAGGACGCAGCGCAAUAAGCCAUUAAAAAACAUUGUUAUUUUGUUGUUGUUAAGCAUGAAUAUAAAACAAGAAAGGAAGCAAACUUCG